UGUUACAAAGCAGAUUUACAGAAAAGAAAACUGAAGAAUAGAAAUGACAAAUUUUAAAAUUAAAUAAAUAUUUAUCGCUAAUGAGCAAGGCUGAGGGAAUGGACAAUCUCACUGAACUGGUAUAAGGAACUGGGAGAUGAAUUCAUUCUACUGGUUCCCUCAAAAAGUUGGCUUCAUUCAUGCAUUGGGGAAAAACCUGUAAGAAAUCAUUACUUCUUCUCAAACAUUGUGAAUGCAACAUGAAAAAACAUCACAAACUGUAUUAUUUCUUGGUCAAGACCCACACCAUCUUUAGUAAUAGAAAUGCCCAGGACCAAGACAAGUCCAAGUACAAAUACUAAUAAAUCUGACACAAGUCCAAGUGAAUACAGAAGACGUCUCGAGGCCAGACUCAAGACCUACAAUGUUAACUCAUAGGACUGAACCAGUGUAAUUAGCUCACAAGUGUAAAGUGAGUGAAUGGACUGAGAAUACAAAAAUACAUUUAUACUGAAUCUUUAUAUUUUUAUGUUAACAUUAAUAUAAACACUAACAUAUUUCACUCAGUAACACAUUUGAACGUGCUCGUGGCUGCAGCAGGACUUUCACACCUUCAUUGUAUUUUAACAUAAACAGCUCCAUCAUGCAGUAUAAAGCCUGAGACACUAAACUAACACGUUCACCACACACACUUCCUUUAUUUCAGGGACUACAGCAGUCUGAUGGUCAUUACACAAUAAUUCUGUUAUUUUUACACAUUAUUCUUUCUGUGCUGUAGUCAGAGAGUCUAGUUUAAUGACAUGUGUAUGUUUUAGUGCUCCAAACUGAGGAAGUGUGUGUUUCUGACUAAAACUGGUCCAUGUGACCAUCAGAAUACAUGUUACAGCUAAUAGACCAAUCAAAUCAGUCCACAGCUUCAAAUCAUCCAAUCAGGUGUGAGUCUGGACCUGGUUUUGUACUGAACACACAAGUUCAUUAGAUCACUUGGUGUGAACAGGAACGAUGAUCAGACUCGUUGUCGCUCUUUGUGCUCUUUUUUCUCUCUUCACAGCUGUGAAAACUUCUGACAUCAAGGAGAUUGAUGUGAUAACAGUAAAGCGUGGAGAAGAUGUAACUAUGAAGUGUAGCAUUAGCAGUGACACAAAGAAAGAGAAUGUAGUUUGGUACAGACAGAUUUCAGGAAAAUUACCUCAGCAUUUUGCAAAACCGUACAAGAGCGAUUUGGGCUACAGAUUUAGUGAUGGAUUUAAUGAUGCUCGUUUCAGUAUUAGUAUAAAUGACAAUAAAUUUGAUCUCAAUAUUAAAAAAACAAGAGCAGAUGAUGGAGGAGAAUAUUUCUGUGGAGAAAUAGUAGGAAGUGUAGUGAAGUUCACAUCUGGAACUCGUCUGCAAUUUGAAGACACGACACACCGUCCAACAUCUGGAACUACACACAGAGAUUCAUCCAUCAGCACAGAAACAUGUGAGAGCUGUACUGCUAACAUGUGUGUGUUCUUCUGGCUCUCCAUUACAAGAAGCGGAGUUCUCAGUGUUACAGUUAUUAUAACUACAAUAUGUCCGUCUGGCUCAGUUUCCCACCGCUGUAUAAUGUUAGACUCCUUCUGAGAGGUCGAGAGACACUUUAGAGAGAUGUAGCGAUGGCAGAUACGGCAAAGGAAAGCCGGCACAGCCAGUGUCGGUCACAUGGGUUCAUCUGACUCAUCUACAUGGAGGUCUACAUGAUGCAGGCACAAGUUAAAAAACAGCAUGUGUCAAAUUUGUCAAUAAUUUAUCAUUUAAGAAGGUUUUUUUUACUCAUGCAACAGCUCCCCUUAUGAUUCUGAUCUUUCUUUUUUAUUCUGGAGAGUGAGAUCAUUAGGGGAUUAUAACAUGGACUAAUGUACAGGUGGAUACUGAGUUUUAAGCUGAGAUUUAAAAAUGCCAAGAGAUUUUGCUUGCUUUCUCAGUUGAUCCCCUUUGAGGAAGCCAUCGGGUGACUGUUGCAAGUCCCUUUAUAUGAAACAGAAACCUUGAGAGGAACCAGGAUCAAAAGGGAACCCAUCCUUAAUUCGGGUCUGAGGACAAAUUGAAGGCUACAAAAGUAUUCCAGAGUUUGUUGUUUUUAUAAACUUGGAUAUUUUCAUGCUACAAUCAGAGUCUCA